GGAUCUCCUCCCUUCCCCCCUCCUCCGCCUUCCCCGGUUCAUGCUCCUCUUUCAUCUCCUAAGUCGGAUUUGUGAACCAGCUAAACAUCAAAGUGUCAGAAAGCUGUGGCUUCUUUUGGGACCGGCCUCAGAUCAGAACCACAACUGUGCUGGUGUCUCACACGAAGCUUCUCAACCACUUCUUUCACCAUAAAAUUGUGACCACCUGGCUGAUCUGUGUGACCUGCAGCAGUUAGUACCUGUCUGGUCCAGAUCUGACACGCCAGCUCUCUCGCUCCCUUCUUUGUCUGAUGCUCUCUCUCCCUUCAUGUUGUUCGUCUCACCCCCCACAUCGCUUCUCUUUCUCAUGACGGUAAACAAAAUGACAAACAUGGUCAGGAGCAGGAGGAGGAGUUUCUCUUCUGGAGCGUCGCUCUCAUUCAGAAGAGCAGGAAGUGUGAAUGAAAACACUGGACGCCCACCAACAUGACCUCUGAUCCACAUGUGAGCGCUCACCGAGGAGACAAGAGAGUGAGUGAGUGUGAGUCAGAGCUGCAGACGGAGAGGAGCAGAGUCUCACUCUGAGGAUUGCUGCUCCAGAAUCUGAGAUUGAGGAAGGAGGGAUAAAAGACAAACUGGGAGAGAACAAAGGAGCAGUAGGAGUGUGAGAGAAAACUGAGGGAGCUCAAGAGUGAGAUUGUGGUUGAAGAAAGACGAGCAUAAAUGAAGGUAGACUGAAGGAGAGCAUGAUGGAAAGAGUGAGGGAUCAGUUGAGAGGUUCAGCUAAGUGGAACCAGAGAGAGCUUGGGGGCACUUCGCCUGCAGCUACUGACCACUGCCAUCAAAUGCCCAAGGCCGUUGGUUAUAAUGCGUUGGCUGUGCUGACGUCACAUGGCCGUGAUGCGCGUUUCAGUGAGAGUCCUCCCCGGUGCUGUCGUCACUGAACCAAAACCCAAGUGAGCGACCCGGCCGCCGGCUCCAAUGUGGAACACAGAACCGGGUCACAGCCAGAAUUAGAGUGAGGACCGUCAUACCGGCCCGCGGGGAGGCGAACCGAGCUCCAGUGCGGUGUUUUUGUCCCCAACGACUUCUGCUGACUUUGGUCGGCGUCAGCGGGGGUCGCACCCGUCAGCGGCACUUUCGGCUCAGUUCUGGUCCAGAUUCUGAAGUUUGGGUCACCGUCUGUGCCAGGGAGUGCAGUGACUCUGCGAAUUUCUGCCGUGACUUUUUCACAAGCUGUCGCCCUUUGAAUGUGAUCCUCAGGAUGGAGGGGAGACUGCAGGGCCAAAACAUUACGACCACGACCUUCAGGAAGUCGGGGAUUUGUUCUCCAAUGUUCUGAUAAUCCACUCUGGGAUGUGUCUGAGGUGGACACUUUUCCCAACUGAUGACUUCUAUUCAUGCUUUUCUCUGUGACUUUUGAAAACUAGAAACACAUGAAAACACAAGUCAUGAAGAAGUACCAUGUCAAUGAACGCAUAAAUGUACUAAAGGUCAAUUCCUGGAGUCUAUUGCUGUCCUUUCAUUGCUUUCAUGUUUUUGAGGUGGUUAUAAUUGGGUUUACAGUUGAUGAAGGUGCAUGCAGAUUUGGAAUCAAAAGAACAUGUUUACAGACUCCAGUCCAAAAAAACGUGUUCCACCCGACCCGAGUCAGAACACUGUGUGCUGCUCAGUGUUUUGCUGAGUCGCACUUGGGCCGGUGAACUGGGGUCAGGACUGACUGGCCUGCAGAUUUGAUUUUGUAGAUUGAUCUGAAGUGUCCAGAGGUAGAGCAGACCUGAACCUUUGGUCCUUGUUGGUGAGACCAUGUGCUCAUGUGACCCUGCGCUACUGUGGGGUUGAAGUCCAGAGAUACUAGUCAUCAAUGAGGUGGGAGUCACUUUGUUGUCUACCUAAGACCUCUGAACAGACUGGGGUGACUGAGGACUAAGACCUUUUCCUGGUACCUUUGUUUGAACCGGGCCACCCCAAACUGUGCUGCAGGGCCCACUGCAUGUCUGGUACCUUCCCUGGACCAGGUAAACCUGAUAGUUUGUCGUGAGAUGAAUCCCGAGUUUGCCCUUGGUUUAUCCUGAAGUUAGACCUGGUCUAAGUGUGGGUGGUCUGCUCCCGUUGCUAGUCCUGGAGUCACCUCUUGAUCAGCUCCUGCAGGUAGACUUUGGGUCAGCAUUUGGGUGCAGCCUGGGGUUAGAUCUGGGGUCUUGUGUAGUGAUGUCAUCAUCAGUCCGUGCCUAUGUCCCAGGAUAGUCUUUGUGUCAGUGCAGGGGUCUGGAGCAGCCAGCCACCAGAGUUGGUAGUUUUCUCCCUGAGCUGCAGCGACGGAUAAAUAAUAGGAGAAACAUGCAGCAUCUCAAACAUGUUCUGUGAGCCAGCAGAGCUUUGGACCAGCUCCAGCAGCAGCAGCACCUCCCCUCCCUCCCCCUGCAGUCCCCCCACCUCUCUCUCAGACGUGGUAUAUGCCGGUUAUAUGAUCUCAGAAUGUGGAGCUGACGGGAGCAGCGGGAGGAUUUGGGCUGCAGUCACUGCGAGACAAACAAAGUCAGCUGGUGUUUGGUGUCGGACCUCCGCUGCGGUCGCUCCUGUCAACACCUCGACCCGGAUCAUACGCGUGCUGCCGGAUUACUGUUUUAGCAGAGGACAGCAGAGGACACCUCGUCCUCUCUGCUCCAAGUUGAUGCCGCAGCUCGUUGCAGAUGUGCAGAAGAAGUUUGGACCUAAAACCAACCUGUGUAGGAGUCAAGAAUGUGCCAACGGGCCGAACCCGGAUAGCCGGCUCCUCUCCUCGCCUGGUCGCCCUCUCCACCUCCCGCUGUGGCACCACAUGGACACGUCAGACUCAAGUUUCUGGACGCUGCUGUCCAACUUUAAUGUUCCACAUUUCUACAGCGGAUCCCGCCUCCGACGCUCCAAGAGCUGCAGAACCAGCAACCGGAAAAGCCUGAUUGGAAGUGGACAGUCGACGGGUUUGCCACGGCCCCACUCGCCACUCUCCUCUCUCACAGGAACGAGUCCACAGGACAGUCCCCGAAACUUCUCCCCGAGCGCCUCGGCUCACUUCUCAUUUGCCCGACGGACGGACGGGCGCCGCUGGUCGCUGGCUUCGCUUCCCUCCUCUGGAUAUGGAACCAACACGCCAAGUUCCACUCUCUCUUCAUCCUGUUCAUCACAGGAGAAGCUGCACCAGCUGCCCUUCCAGCCGACGCCGGACGAGCUGCACUUCCUGUCUCGCCACUUUUGCACCGAGAGCAUCUCUGCGGACGAGUGUCGCCGUGUGGCUGCCAUGAGACCACGGUCCCGCAGCCUCAGUCCGGGAAGAUCGCCGUCCUGCUUCGACCACGAGAUUAUUAUGAUGAAUCACGUCUACAAGGAGCGAUUUCCAAAGGCGACGGCUCAGAUGGAGGACAAGCUGCAGGAGAUCAUCCACAGCAGCUCCGCCGACAGCGUGCUGCCGCUGGCCGACGGCGUGCUCAGCUUUGCGCACCACCAGAUCACAGAGCUCGCCCGCGACUGUCUGGAGAAGAGCCGGCUCGACCUUGUGACCUCGAGCUACUUCUGCGAGCUCACCGACAAACUGGAGCGACUCGUGCAUGAGUCCACCGAGCGGUCGGAGAGCGAGGAGGUGGACUUCAUCAGAGAACUGGCCAAAAAGAUUCUCAUCAUCAUUGCCAGACCGGCCCGCCUGCUGGAGUGUCUGGAGUUCGACCCAGAAGAGUUCUACCACCUCCUGGAAGCCGCUGAAGGUCACGCCAAGGUCGGGCAGGGCAUCAAAACAGACAUCCCGCGCUACAUCAUCAGUCAGCUGGGACUCACUCGUGACCCUCUGGAAGAGUUCUCUCAGCUCACCACCUCUGACAGCGGCAUUGCUGAGACUCCAGACGCCGAGGAUUCCAGUCUGAGUUCGGUGUUGAGGUCGCGGCGGAAACCGUGCGAGCUGGACUUUGAGAUGAUCAAGCUGAUCAGCAACGGCGCCUACGGUGCCGUCUACCUGGUACGACACAAGGAGAGCACGCAGAGAUUUGCCAUGAAGAUGAUCAACAAGCAGAACCUGAUCCUGAGGAACCAGAUCCAGCAGGCCUUUGUGGAGCGCGACAUCCUGACCUUCGCUGAGAACCCUUUCGUGGUCUCCAUGUUCUGCUCCUUCGAGACACGGCGGCACCUCUGCAUGGUGAUGGAGUACGUGGAAGGCGGGGACUGCGCCACGCUGCUCAAGAACAUGGGUCCACUUCCUGUUGACAUGGCCCGCAUGUACUUUGCGGAAACUGUCCUGGCGCUGGAGUAUCUGCACAACUACGGCAUCGUCCACCGAGACCUGAAGCCUGACAACCUGCUGGUCACCUCCAUGGGUCACAUCAAGCUGACAGACUUCGGGCUGUCCAAGGUUGGGCUGAUGAACAUGACCACCAACCUGUACGAAGGUCACAUCGAGAAGGAUGCGCGGGAGUUCUCCGACAAGCAGGUGUGCGGGACGCCCGAGUACAUCGCCCCGGAGGUGAUCCUGAGACAGGGCUACGGCAAACCGGUGGACUGGUGGGCCAUGGGCAUCAUCCUCUACGAGUUUCUCGUGGGCUGUGUCCCGUUUUUCGGCGACACUCCUGAGGAGCUGUUCGGUCAGGUCAUCAGCGACGAGAUCAACUGGCCGGAGGGGGAGGAGGCUCCGCCCCCUGAUGCUCAGGAACUCAUCACGCUGCUGCUGCGACAGAACCCUCUGGAGCGGAUGGGCACAGGGGGCGCCGCUGAGGUGAAACAGCACCAGUUCUUCCAUGACCUGGACUGGAACGGGCUGUUGAGGCAGAAGGCCGAGUUCAUUCCUCAGCUAGAGUCGGAGGACGACACCAGCUACUUUGACACUCGCUCCGAGCGGUACCACCACGUGGAGAUGGACGAGGACGACACCAACGACGAGGACUUCAACAUGGAGCUCAGACAGUUCUCCUCCUGCUCGCACAGAUUCUCCAAGGUCUACAGCAGUCUGGAUCUCUCCCGGGGUCACCUGGAGGAGAAGGGAGAGGUGGAGGAGAAGAAGAGCGAGAGUCCGCUGACUGUCGACUCGCUUAGCUGGACGCCAGACUUCACCGAAAUGCCGUCGCUCUGUCACUCCACAGACGCCGACAGUCUGAACCAGAGCGUCCGCUCCGGCUCGCUGCCGAAGUUCGCCAUCUCAGCGGAGAGUGAGGGAGAAGAAACCUCAGGACUCGGUGACCCCAGCAAGGUGUCCUUUUCCGCCGGAGAGUUGCAGCUGGACGAUCCCGACGCCACCACGCCAGGCAGCACGCACAGCGGCGCCACGCUGUCGGGGAGCUUCUCAGAACAUCUGGACCAGCUGACCCCGCGAGGAGAUGAGGUCCAGAGUCCCGACGGCACAUGUGGAGACCAGUGCGAGCCGAGCGCAGAGACAAGGGCUGACACCGUGAAGGAGAAAACCAGUGCCGUUCCGAAGGUUCCGAAGUCUGUGUCCACUGGUACCCUGUCCCUCACCAUCCCUACUGACAUGUUCGGUGCCUCCCCCCUCGCCAGCCCCAUCUCGCCGUACUCCCUGUCCUCCGACCCGUCCUCCAGAGACUCCUCCCCCAGUCGUGACUCCUCCCUCUUCUCCUGUGGAACAAGGCAGCCCAUCGUCAUCCACAGCUGCGGGAAGAAGUUCGGCUUCACCCUGCGAGCGAUCCGGGUCUAUGCCUGCGACAGCGAUGUCUACACCGUCUACCACAUGGUCUGGAACGUGGAGGACGGUGGUCCCGCUCAGCUGGCCGGACUUCGUGCAGGAGACCUGAUCACUCACGUGAACGGAGAGACGGUGCACGGCCUGGUGCAUACGGAAGUGGUGGAACUGCUGCUGAAGAGCGGCAGCAAGGUCGCCAUCUCUACCACGCCCUUCGAGAACACGUCCAUCAAAACAGGGCCAGCACGCCGGAACAGCUACCGGAGCAAGAUGGUCCGGUGCGGCAAGAAGGCCAAGAAGGAGAAGACUCCAGAGAGGUGUGGGACCGAGACGUGUGUUUACUGGAGGAACGCAGCACCAACUGGCCACUCUCUCUCUCUCCGCAGGCGCCGUUCUCUGUUCCGGCGUUUUGCGAUGCAGCCAUCUCCACUGCUGCACACCAGUCGAAGCUUCACCUCCCUCAACCACUCCCUGUCCUCUGGUGAGAGUCUCCCUGGCUCCCCCACCCACAGCCUGUCCCCCCGCUCUCCCACCGCCGCCUCUCGCCCCACUCCCGAUUUCACCCAGUCAGCUGGAAACUCGUCGCAGAGCAGCUCACCCAGCUCCACUGCUCCAAACUCCCCCGCCGGCUCUGGCCACAUCCGACCCAGCACUCUGCACGGCCUUGGCCCCAAGCUGCCGGGUCAGAGGCUGCGGCAGGGCCGUCGCAAGUCUGCCGGGAGCAUCCCUCUCUCGCCGCUGGCUCGCACCCCGUCGCCAACGCCUCAGCCCACCUCCCCUCAGCGCCCCCCCUCCCCACUGCUCACCGGACACCCUGUGUCCAUUUCCAAAACCACGCCUUCCUUCCCCACCAAGAUUCAUUCCCCACCCACCAUUGUGCGGCACAUAGUUCGUCCGAAAAGUGCAGAGCCGCCUCGCUCACCGCUUCUGAAGAGAGUACAGUCAGAGGAGAAGCUGGCUCCUUCGUACUCUGGAGAGAAGAAGCACCUCUGCCCCAGGAAGCACAGUCUGGAGGUGACGCAGGAGGAGGUGCAAGAUGAUGAGCUCCAGGGCUGCGGCGCUGACGAGUCGGCCUGCGAGCAGCUUGCUGUCACACGAGUCCGACCUGUGGAGCAGGGGUGUCUGAAGAGGCCCGCCGGGCGUAAGCUGGGCCGCCAGGAGUCUGUGGAGGAACUGGACAAGGAGAAGCUGAAGUCCAAGAUGGUGGUCAAGAGACCAGAGUGGGCCGAGCCGAGGAUGGACCCUCUCAACGACUCGGAGGACAAGUGCACCGAGUCGGCCGGCAUCACCCUCAAAGACGUUCUGUACAAAAAGCUCGGCACUCGAGUUUCCGACGGCUUCACGGAUUCGUCCACCGGCGGUGGCGAAGUCCUCCAGCGGCCCAACAAAGAAGUGAACUUGAAACCGGACCGGCUUGACUUUAAAGCCCCAAGUAUCGAGUUCACUAGAAAAAGACUGUCGUUCGAGGAGCGGGACGAUUGUGUGUGCCGCUUGUCUUCCAGCGUGCACGAGAACAUCCACUUCGGCUCCACACGCUCCAAGAGCCUUCAGCUGGACGAGCAUCUGAAGGCCUCCCCGGAAGGUCUGGCUCCCAAACUGUACACUGGCAGAGGGGAGAGCGCUGUGGAGAAGCUCCAGCUCAUCUCGUCGGGGGAGGUUCCACUUCGAAAGACCUCCUCAGAAUAUAAACUUGAAAGCCGACAAGUCUCCUCGCUCAAACCUCUGGAGGGAACUCUGGAUAUUGCCCUGAUCUCUGGGCCGAGAGUCUCCAAGACUGACACCUGUCUGUCCAAGCUGGCUGGAAAAUCCGGUGACAUUGUUUCUGUGAGUCCUUCAGUUUGGCUGCAGGGACCUUCGGAGAGACACAAGUCACUGCCACACUUCAAGUCCGCUGACAAGCCCAAGUGUCCGCUCACUGCUGAAGCAUCUCCUCCGCCGUGCGUCACAGCCUGCAGAGAAGCAGCUGAUCUGAAAGUUGCUGAAAAGACGUCCCAGAAGCACCAGGACCCGGUCAAAGACAGCAGGGUGAAGCCAAGCUCCUCGCUGGUUCUCGACCAUCGCUGUCCUCGACACGCUGCCCACUUCGGUGGAAAAACACCGUCCAUCCGUGAAGUCAGCAACGAAGACGAAGAGCUGGAGGUGCAGAGGGCUGGGGCUGAGACUGCGGUCGCUGUGGAUCCGCAGAGUGUCCGGAGCUCAGCCGGGAACUCUGUUCCAGAUCUGGCCAAGCAGCACCUCCUCAACAUCUGCUCCGUCACCGAACCCCUGGUCUCCAUCACCACAUCCACAUCUGGGUCCGAGCUGAGGACCUGCUGUUCACAGGCAGAGGGGUUGAGCUGGUCCGACGGGUCCCCUGUAAAGCUGCCCCGUGGACCUGGACCUGAGGAAGGUUCAGCCAUCAUGCGAAACCCAGGAGCCGCACAGAAGAAGGAGGGCUCCCCUGUUAGGAAGUCUCCUGUUGAAACUGUGGGCGACUCAGAGCAGGCAAGUGUCCUGGAGCGUUCCACCUCCCCAAAGAGGGAUGCUCCGGUCGAGGUCUGGAGAGGCACUGCCAUCCACAGACCAGGUCAGAGGUCGCUCCGGAGUACAGCCACCGAACCCGCCAAGACUCCACUAGUGAGCCAGGCCAGGACUGAGAAGGCCACCACAGUGUCAGACGUCAGAACCCACAGCACAGCACCCCCUGAUGGCGACGUUAAGAGGAGACCGCUGGAGCCAGUUUUAGGCAAAGAAACUGCAGCGACUGAAGUGAAGCAACAAGACACUAGAGCCUCGGCAGCCGCCUCAAAGACUCCGAAACCUGCUGCAUCCUUGCCCUCUCAGAAAGCCUCCACAGCCCCACCGGGCAGACACAAAGACCCCUCCCCGAAAAAGCAGGCCGCACCCCUUAAAGAGCCGCAGGAUGUCAAAACAAAAGAGUCACCUCUGGCCGUCCAGCUGAAGCCCGUGGUCCGGAAAGAGACGAGCACCGCGUCGGCCCGAGCGGCACCUUCAGAGGCGCUCAAGGACGUUUCCAAACCUGAAGCUAGCAAAGGCCCGGAUAUCAGAGUCACCUCCCCGGAGAAGAAAGCGCAAGCAGAGAAGAAGAAAGAGCCUGUCCCCGAGGUUUCCGCAAAAACUCUGAAGAAGGAGCCCGCUAAAGUGCCCGCCGCCAAAGAGAGUCCGGACAAAGAGGGUGGGCGUGGCAAACCACAGAAGGAGUCCCCACGGAGCUACAAGAAGUAGCCGUGGAGCUCUCCAGUCUGUGUGUGUGUGUGUGUGUGUGUGGACAUCUUCAUGCCUUUAGCUGAAGGACCGGCAACGCUGUUACUUGCUUACCUUUGUGUGAAUGUUCAUCUACGUGAAUGUUUUUUUUUUUCCAUUGACGCUCUGUGCAAUCAGUGGGAAGGAUGAUGGCGGCCUCAGGUCGUCGGUGCCAAACUGCGGAGCUGCACUGGGUGCUGUUGUUGGGAUAUGAAUGCAGUAGGCCGCAUGAGGCUCAGGCUAGCAGGCGCGUCAUUGGACGCUAGCGAUGGGGCCUUAGUCCAGUCAGACUUGGUGUUGAUCACAUUCCUUCUGGUUUUACGCAACUCUUGGUGUAAAUAUGGUGACACUUGGGCUCGUGAUUGUCCCAUACGUGUUUGUGUCCUCGCAGUGUUGUGGCAGCAAGACGAAGGCAGAAAAGGAGACUUGAAAUGUCCAUGUAGCACCGUGAAGCCAACGGCUCCCACGGGAACAAAUGUUCGCCGACAAUCUCUGCGGCGAUCCAGGAGCAUUCCCGCCACUGUUGGAAGAAAUGUCCCAAAAAAAGUUGAGACCUGUGACACUGUCUUUUAAAGGAGGUUUGGUGAUCUCGGCACUUUGCUUUCAGAUUCAUGGUUUUAUCGACAAUGCUAACUCUCGGCAUCUGGACGCCGCUGAGACUUGGAGGUUUGACCAGUUGCUUUUUGUGUAGAUGCCUUUAAGACCCCCAAACUUGUGUAAGGACGAGGAAAAGGAUUUUAAACUGUCGUUGCAAAUGAACACAGACGCACCUUAUUGCUCACAAAGUUGACGCUAGAAACUCCCCAAACGACUAACUUCAGUUUGUCUCUGGCUGUAGUCCUCGAAGCACAUAAAAUAUUUGUUUACAAACUUUCACGGAUGUAUAUUUUGUAUAUGGUUCAUUUGCCAAAAUCUUUGUGGCUGUAAACGUGGUGUGCGACCUUCUCCACCAGUUCAUGUCGUGCGUUUGUCUCCGUCCGUCAGGUCUUCGUUCUCCUACCGUCGUACUAGAUGAACUCGCUUCCGGUGGUUUGUCUUUUAGAACUACGUGCAAUAAAGUGUUUGAAUUUUUUUGUAUUUUCGCUCCAGGAAAGCUCUAUGGAUGUCAUAAAUGUUGUAUAUUAAAAAGAUAUUUAUACUUCAAAUGUUGAGUAUUACUGAAAAUAAAAUGUAAUAUAUGUUGA